AUGCUACGCUCUUAUCUCAAUACGCAGGAUCGGCGCACUUCUAUUAAUCGUCGAAAAUAUAGGUAUGCCGAGUGGGGUUAUUUCGUGGCUAUGUGUUGCACAACUUGUGUAUUGAUGUCUAUAGCCUCAUUGGUCACUAUCAGUUUAAUUCCUCUCUAUCUGUCAAGUCCCGCAGUGAACAAAGUGUACAAUCCGACAGAAAGUGAAGCGCUUGAUACGGAGUAUGUAACCAACUAUGAACUGCCUGUUGGCAUGGAUUCAUCGUACGCUCUCAUAACGAACACACAAGAACUUGGCUCAGAAAUUACUAGUGCCUUGAAGGCUGAUUCAAAUACUAUUUCUGUUACAACAGCGGUGGUCAGUUCACGAAACACAAAAUCGUCUGUUCGUCGGCGUCGCCUAACAUCUUGUGCAGCUGAAACUGCAUCGGCAGGUUCUCGGGUACAAAUUAAUUUAUUAAUUAAAUAUCCGCGUCGAUGUGGCCAUAGUUCUGUAUGCAAAGCGAAAUUUCUAGCGACUCUAACAAAGCUCUUGGAAACUUUGCCAGUUUUUUCUCCGACUAUCGAAUUGCAGAAUGGGGCAGUCAGGGUUUCAGUGCCAUUACAAAUAUGCAGUGUAACUGUUCAGGAGAGAGGAGCAACCACAGCAACAUUUCCGCCAACUACUAGCACUACUAUAGCAUGUUCUGACUCAGCUGGAUAUUUUGAACAAGGUACUGGUCAAACAUGCCAAACUUACAUUGAUUAUGGCUUUUGUAAUGGAUCAAGUGUUGUCACUACUUCGGGUAUCAAUUCAGUCUCAGCACAACAGAAUUGUUGUUCGUGUGGUAAAGGGACAACACAGACGACUGGAUGA